UCCUGGCGGAGAGCCUUCAGUUGCUGCGUGACCCUCGAGGAGAGACCAGAAACUCCGUGAAUCAAAGAUGUUGCUUCGAUUUGCGACCCUCGCGAUGCUCUUCAUCGCCCUGACGAUGGGAAAGGACACGGUGUGGCACAAGCCGGGCUGCCACAAAGUCGGGCACACAAGGAAGAUCAGCAUUCCCGGAUGCGUGGAGUUCCACCUGACGACCAACGCGUGUCGCGGAUUCUGCGAGUCUUACGCCGUGCCCUCGGCCUGGGGCGCUGUGAUGAAGCCCGUGAAGCCCGUGACGUCCAUUGGGCAGUGCUGCAACAUCAUGAGCUCGCAGAAUGUGAUCAGGGAAGUGCUGUGCCUCGACGGGUAUCGGAAUGUCACGUUCAAGUCCGCCACGGAUUGCUCCUGCUAUCACUGCAAGAAGGACUGAGCCAGGAUGUGAGAGAGGAAGAGUGUCUCUGAGCCAUGAAUGAUAAAUAAAGAUUCUAUUCCGCACGAUAAA